GAAGAAAUGGCAGCGCAAGAUGGGAAGGGUCAGGUGGAUACGAAACGGCCGGAUAACACCUCGCGACUGAGAAGAGUUCGCGGAAUACAAUACCGCAGGAAAUUAUUUUGCAUCGAGCAACUCUAUGGUUGGCGAGGCAUGGAUACGGGAUAUUACGGAUCAGAAAGCGCAGACGAAUUCUCGGAUCCCGAACCAUCAGAACCCGAAGCGCAGGAACAAGAAAAGGAGGCACCAACAGAACCGGAAAAGGUUGCCUGA